AUGGCGGCGCCCGCGCACGACGACCCGCCCGGACCGCAUCCCGUCUCUGCCAUGCACUGGUGCAGCUGCGAAGCGUGCGGGCACGGCUGCGGAGAGGCGCGCGGCGCGGACCGCGGCCGCGACGAGGCGCCGGGCGGGGACGACCUGUGGCGCGUGGCGCUGGCCGAGUGCGCGGCCACCUCGCUGCUGGUGCUGCUGACGUGCACCGCGACCUGCGCGCCCUCUGCCGCCGCCUCGCCGCUGCAGCGCUCGAUCGCCUCCGGUUUCGUCGUCGCCUUGCUCGUACAGUGCCUGGCGCACGUGUCGGGAGCUCAGAUGAACCCGACGGUGACGUUGGCAGCACUAGUAUGGGGCCGCAUGUCGCGGCGGCGCGCGGCGUGCGAGAUGCUGGCGCAGCUGGCGGGCGCGGUGCUGGGCGCCGCCGCACUGCGCGCGCUGCUGGGGCUGCGCGCCGCCGAGACCUGCGCUACCGUCCCCGUCGCAAUCAUCGGGCCCUUCCAGGCGGUGGCGGUGGAGGCGGUGCUGGGCGGCUGCCUGGCGCUGGCCAACUGCGCGGCGUGGGACGCGCGCACCGCCGCACUCAAGGACUCCUGGCCGCUGCGCAUCGGUGUCUCUGUCGCCGGCCUGUCGCUCGUCGGCGGCGAGCUGACGGGCGCCAGCAUGAACCCAGUGCGGAGCUUCGGCCCGGCGCUGUGGAGUUCCACCUGGACGAGUCACUGGGUGUACUGGGUGGGCCCGCUCGGUGGGUCCGUGCUGUUCACGAGCGUGUACCUGCACGCUUGGCGCCCCGCCACCGCGGCGCCGCGCAAGCUGCCGGUGCAGCCCUAG